UUUUUUUUUUUUUUUUUUCCUUUCCCACCCGCCCCUUCCCCUCCCCGCGGCGCUGGUGCGGCCAGACCGAGCUAAGAUGGCGACCGUGGAACCGGAAACCACUCCCAACCCUCAACCUUCAGAAGAGGAGAAAACCGAGCCAGCGCCUACUCAGGAGGUUGCCAGCCCUGAACAGUAUAUUAAGCAUCCACUACAAAACAGAUGGGCGCUCUGGUUUUUUAAAAAUGACAAGAGCAAAACUUGGCAAGCAAACCUCCGUCUGAUCUCAAAGUUUGAUACUGUUGAAGAUUUUUGGGCUUUAUACAACCAUAUCCAGCUCUCUAGUAAUUUAAUGCCUGGUUGUGACUACUCGCUGUUUAAGGAUGGGAUUGAACCCAUGUGGGAAGAUGAAAAAAACAAGCGAGGAGGCCGAUGGCUAAUUACACUAACCAAACAGCAGAGACGAAGUGACCUUGAUCGCUUCUGGCUAGAGACACUGCUGUGCCUUAUUGGGGAGUCAUUUGAUGACUACAGCGAUGAUGUAUGUGGUGCUGUUGUUAAUGUUAGAACUAAAGGUGAUAAAAUAGCAAUAUGGACAACUGAAUGUGAAAACAGGGAUGCUGUUACGCAUAUAGGGAGAGUAUACAAGGAAAGACUAGGACUUCCUCCAAAGAUAGUGAUUGGUUAUCAGUCCCAUGCAGACACAGCUACUAAGAGCGGCUCCACCACUAAAAAUAGGUUUGUUGUUUAAGAAGACACCUUCUGAGUAUUCUUUCAUAGGAGACUGCGUCAAGCAAUCGAGAUUUGGGAGCUGAACCAAAGCCUCUUCAAAAGCAGAGUGGACUACAUUUAAAUUUGAUUUCCAUCUAAAUGUUGCUAAGAUUUGUGAGAAGUCUAAUUCGCCUUUGUCUUGUACUUCUGUGUUCAUUUUUUUCUAUUUUGGCUGAAGUAACCAUUACCAAUCAGAAUUUUAGUACGCCCCCCUGAGUCAUAAAUGUUUUCCUGGCCCACUCUGUAAUAGCUUGGUAGAAACAUUACUAUUACAAAAAACAUUUGUUUAUCCACAGUAUUCAGAAAAGUUGCAUUUCUGUACCUGCAGGAAAUUACUCUGUUUUACAUUUGCGUUGUAUGCAGUAACAUUUUGCUGGUUUGGAAAAGAGUAUGGUGCAUACAGUUUUCUAGCAAUUUUUUUAUACAGCAUCACCUUUGCUGUAACCUAUGCUGAUGGCUGCUAGAUUAAUUUAUUUGUUUUCCCUAUUUGAUAACAUUAGUGAUAUAUUGAUUUCAGUUGUUUUUGCUCAUGUAACAUUGGUGAAGAAUCUGGGAAUAUGACAAAGGUGGAAUAAACAUUAAUUUUGUGCAUUCUUUGGUAAUUUUUUGUUUUUUGUAACAUCGAAGCUUUGAUACAAACUUAUGCAUUUCAGUCAAAUUCAGUGAUCUAUUUGUGUGAUUUCCUAAUCAUAAUUGUGGAUUUUUUUAAUGUAACACCAUAAUUUACAUUCCUUACUAGAAAUAGUAUGUCUGUUUUUGUAUCUUAUGCUGUAUUUUAACACUUUGUAUUACUUAGGUUAUUUUGCUUUGGUUAAAAUGGCUCAAGUAGAAAAGCGGUCCCAUUCAUAUUAAGACAGUGUACAAAACUGUAAAUAAAAUGUGUACAGUGAAUUGUCUUUUAGACAACUAGAUUUGUCCUUUUAUUUCUCCAUCUGCACAGCAAGUAUUUGUACUUCUUGUGACAAGGCAGUCUCUGCUGUGGCUUCUCUUGUAGUGUCUUCCAAGAAAGAUGAGUCUGGAGCUAUGAUUUAUUGAAACUUUUACUAAAUCCAUUAGAUAGCACCCUAAAUGAAAGUGAAGUUAUAUUGAUGUGGCUACUGUUUUCUCUUAGUGGUUGGUCUAACUGAUUGUGGUUUGCACGGUUUCUCUUUUGGCUUUGGUGCAUACCAAGAAAUUUGAAGGUACUUAAGAGGCCAUCUGGUUUCAGGUGGCAGUUACAGUAGAAGCACUGAAGUGAAUGGUUCUGCUAUAAAUAUGUAAUUGCUGUGUGAAAUAAAAGUCAAGAGCACUAGAGAAAUGGCAACAAAACAAAUGUAUGAGGAACUAGACAGUCUGUUUUGCAUGUCUUACUGUAAAACAAAACGUUAAUCUGAAAGUUCCUGUGGGAGCUGCAGGUUAGUUUGACAUGCAGGAUUAGGGGAAAAUUUUGGAGAAGGGCGCUGAGUUUAAUUCUCAUUUUGAGUAUGAUACGAGAACCUUUUUCUGUAUAAAAGUAGAGCAUACAGCAAAUCAGUGUUGUGGUGUUCUUAAUUUUUAGUCCUUUAGGAUCUUAACAGGACAAUAUAGCUCUUUAAACUUAAAGGCAGAUACGUAUUGGUUGUUGCUCUUCAAUUAAAUUCCUUAAAGCGAGUUUAGUCACUCACUGGUGAUGAAGCUUUAGUUGAAUUAGGCUUUUUGGUCUGCCUUUGAUUAGGUAUUUCUACAUGCGUAGAUAGACUUAAACACUUUCUUGCACAUUUUAUAAGAAAGUAGUGCAUUAGAUAAUACCAAAAAGGCAUUAUAUUAGCUUCUUAAUCUCUAUCUAAAAAGAAACACAUAGCAGGUAUCUGUGUCUCAUGACAUCUAAUGAUACUAUGCCCUCAGUAUUGGUCAUUAACUAGGACUAGAAUGGGCGUUGAAGGUGGGGAGCACCGUUAGGCUCUUUGUAUGCUGGUUUCUAUAGAUUCUGGUGUAACUGUUUGCCCUGAUUCAGCAGGAUUGUAGAGCAAGAUGAGUUUGUUUCAUAGGGCCAUUUGUAGAAUAUAGUAAUCUCUACCUGUUUUCAGACUUAAUACUUCAGUAGUCAUCUUUUCAAUUAAAGUAAGCUCAAAUUAAGUUUCUUCAAACCAUUUCUGUUCUGUAUCAUAACCUCCAAGAUGAGUAAAGUUAAUAAUAGCUUUGACACUUCCUAAUAAGCUAGUAUUUAUCCUAAAUAAGUAAGACUUGCAUGCAUGGAAAGGUUAAGAUGAAUCAGUUUCUUGAGAGGUAACAUUAAAGUGUUUAGGUACAUGUAAUUUGGGAGCACUGGAUCUAGGUUCACUAAAGUGAGCAUAAUUCAAAAAUGUAGGUAGCACUGUCCAUCUGUGAAGAGCUUCAAGUUUAAAAUGAAUGCUCUUGUGAGAAGGUUGUAGUGUUUUUAAUUUUGCUACAAGACUGAAUAGAAUAUUGUUCAGAAUAGCUGCAUUUGCUCACCUAGGAAGGUGAUUGAUAGUAUUUUCAGUGUGGUCUCAAAUUUCUGAGCCUGAACCUACUUAAGAAGCCAACUGACUUGCACCAUAGUUUGAAAAUUUGCAAUAGGUUGACUUGAAGCUUUUCAUUGUUGAAAUAUCAAUUGCUGUGUUUCUAGGAGACUCGAGUGGAAAUUAAAUUACAUAUUUACUUUAUCAAAUAUCUAACUUAUGCCUGUGGUUUCUUGCCAGAAAGUGAUAAGUGACCAUGAACCUCAUUCUCUCAAACUUGCCAAUUGUUUUGUGCUGCAUAAUGUUGUUAUGAUGGUGUAAUCUGUAUUCUCACAGGAUACUAUGGGAGAAAUCUGAGAGCUGUCCAUUCUAUGUAUUAAUAAAACAGCUAUUGCCUUAUAGAAAAA